CAUGGUGGGCAAGAUGCCCAACGUCACUUGGCUUGAAGGCUCCUUUGCGGAAACCGUGAAGGGGUGGCAAUCGGGAUGGUUUUAUAUCAUCGAGCCGCGCGAUGCCAACUGUGUGGCGGCCCCGGGAUUCCGAUCCGGCAUCCCUGUGCGGCUCACUUCCUGGAAGAGGAAGGGCCUUGACUGGGGCGCAUCCGCGGAGCUAACCGGACUCUAGAAUUGUGUCAAAAACAUGAUAACCAAGAAAAUCAAGCUGGUCAAUGUGGUCCAGGUCAUGCUAUUUCGCCGGAUUCUCCCGUGUCAGAGAUGGGCAUUCAACCUGUGGGAGUUCGACGCGCCCAACACCAGACACUGCAAGAGCUCUUUGACACGACGCACAAAGACGCCUGAAAGGUGUUGUUCAAGGCCAGCGAAGUUCCCCCCCACAUCCGAGGAUCGCGGACUCAGCGCCAGGCGCCAGGCCAAUGCGGAAUAUGUGGCGACGGCGGAGCGGAUCGACUGUCCGGCUCCGUUGCCCGAGGACCCAGCAGACGAACUCCCGACGGAGAUGCUGGCUCCGGCACCCUAUCAGGUGCCGGAGAAGAAGGCCAAGAAAAAGGCCAUGGGGACCAGAAGAAGUUCCCGGCGCAACGUGGUGCCGGACUCAUCGUCCGAAGACACCGAGGCGCACUACUCCAACGACAACGAGGAGGAGGAGGAAAACCCUCUCCCCGAAAACAAGGGGGGGGGGAAGAAGAGGAAAGCCACCCUUUCAGGGGAGGCCGAAGGGUCCAAGAAGGGACGGACCCUUCCUCCGGACCACUCCACCACUGCCGCCUAUAGCGAGGAGUGGCUACCCAGGGGCAAGCCCCUGGCAAGAUCGUAAGUAUCUGGACUCCGUAAUACUUUUAGUGCGACUUAGCUUCAUAGUUUGUUAUAACGCCGAACACACAUAUGCAGUCCGGCCA